AUGACUUCUUAUCAAACCAACAAUACUCAAGGAAAUGGACGAGGGCGAGGAAGAGGACAAGGAAGAGGAAGAGGUUUUAGAGGAAGAGGAAGAGGAACUUCAAAUCAUCAUUCAACCAGAGAAAGUACAUUGAAUCCUAACAAAUACUCAUACCCAGCUGUUGAAGACCAACAAAUGGAAGUUACAAAAUCGAAUCAUCAAUCUACUUUUACAACUUUUAACGAUUUCUCAAGUUCAUCAGUACCAACGAAUUCAUAUCAUCAUCCAUACCAUCCAAGCCAACCCCCAUCAUUCACAAAUCCAUUAACCGCAUCUAUCAACUCAGCCAUCCAAACCGUCUUACCAACCUAUCCAACACCAAACCUUUCCCAACCCAAUCCUAUUCCUACGUUUCCUUAUACCAAUACUUCUCAAACUUAUCAAGCUGUUCAACUUACUAGCCCGAAUUACUUUUCUUCAACCGGAAUGGUAUCAAAGAAUUCGAGUGAACCUACACGAACCUAUCCAUCCCAAGUGUUCCAACCUACAAACUCUCACCCAAUGUAUAUGUCUAACCCUUAUACCCAAGCAUACAACGCACAAAUGAUAUCUAACCCGACCUAUCCGAAUCCUUAUGCACCAAUAAACCAUAUGAAUUAUCCUUCAAUGUACUCUCCUCAACCGAUGUAUUCGAGUUCACAGAAUGUACCAAUGAAUCAUUUAUCAAAUCAGAACUCUUUUUACUCGUCAAAUCAAUUACCUACUCCUCGGGUCACUUCUGAAGGAUAUUCGAUUUCUAAAACUGCUUUAGGUGAUGAAACUGGUUCGUAUUCUGAUCAUCUUCAUCAAAAACCAAAACAUCAAAAUCGAAAUUCGAAUCAUGAAAAAUACAGAUGUGAACCAUGUCAUCAAGACUUCCAAAGUUUUCCAAGCCUUCUAAUCCACCAAAACACACAUACGAAAUGUUCAGAACCAGGUUGUAAAUACGAAGGUAAUUCAAAAUCCGUUGAAAUUCAUGAGGAAGAUCGUCAUUUAAGAUUCAAACCUGGUAAAGAACCUAAUAGCAAGUCAAAAAGACCAGAUGGACCAGCUGGGGCUACGAUUCAAGGAUUAGGAUAUGCACUUCAAACUGAAGAACAAGUAAUGAAAUGGAUAGAAGAAAGACGUAAACGAUGGCCAAGUUCAAAAGUGAUAGCAGAAAAGGCUUUAAAGGCUUCAAAGGACUCUUCACAAACGUCUAGAUCUGGUAGAGGAGAGCGUUCAGUAGGUAGAGGUCUUGUCAAGUCUGGACGCGGUAAGACUCGUGUGGGAACUUUGGCGUUGAGACAACCACGUGGUGUUACGUCUCGGGGUUCGGAAGAUGGGUCAGCUAUAAACUUACCUCAAAAACGAGCUCGACCGAAUGAAGAUGAAGAUGAUGAAUUAGAUGACGAUGAUGAAGAUGAGGAAGCCGUAUUACGUGAUCGGUAUUUAAAAUCACGCUCCACAAAUAGUGUUGUCAAUACCACGAAACCUGAAGUCUUUCAAGGUAGUGUAGGUAAUGAUCAAGUUACGAAUAAAGGUUCGGAUGACGAGAAUGAAGAUAUGGAUCAUAUAAAAGAUGCAGUGUCUAGUAAGAUAGAAAUCAAAGUGACCAAGAUCGAUUCUUUGAGACAUGAUCCUAUCCAUGAUCACCAAACUGUUAAUCAAACUGAUCAAGUUAUUCAAAAGAAUAUCAAUGGAAAGAACACAAGGGUUUGUAAAUGGUGGAAAAUCAAAAGGAAUUGUAAACGUGGUGAUUCUUGUUUGUUUGCUCAUCCUCCUCGUGAUCAAGUGACGAAAAAACAAAAGACGUCUAGUAAGAAUAAAGUUACUACAAACAUGGAGGUUCAGUCGGGUUCAGGAUCUGGAUUACUUUCAAAAGCCAAGAAUCAACAUAUCAAUCAAGAUCUGAAAACAUUGUUAGAAAAAGAUAUUCAACAGGAUAUAGCCGAUUUAAGUUCAGUGAUUAGUUUUUUGGUCGAGAAUGAUUUUUUAGAAAACACUGAGAUGGAGAUCGGAGAAGAAAGAUUGAUCGAAUCUAUUUUACCUGAUGAUCGGUCUACUACUCUAUCUGUUCAUCCAACAUCGAUUCUACCCAAGUUAUUGUCAAGUGAUGCAUUGAGUGGGUCUGAAGAGUUUGAUACUGAAGAUGAUGAUGAUGAUGAUGAUGAUGAUGAUGAUGAAGAUGAUGAUGAAGAUGAUGAAGAUGAUGAUGAAGGGAUUGAAGACGUAAAAGAUCAAGACAAUGGUUUGGGGAAAGUUAAAGUAGAAGAUCAAGAAGAUAGUUUGGGGAAAGUUAAAGUAGAUAGUUUGGUAGCUGAUUUGACUAGUCUUGAUGAGAGAUCAGUGAUAGAACCUAUUCGUCUCACUGAAGUAGUCACUUAG